CCUUCCCCCUCCCAUCCUUGAGACGCCCGGACCACUCCUCUCGAGUCCUCAGCAUCACAGCGAGCUCGAUCGAUCGAUCGCCACCAAGAACCCCAGACUUGUAGAGAGAUUUAUCCUUCGACACAGCCUCCAUUGAUUCCAUCUUCUUUUCCCACCCCCUAUAUGAGCACCUCGUACACCGAGGCGCAGUUCGGCUUCUUGUUCGAGUUCCCUGCCGGAGAGGACCUUAACUCUUGGUUCACGAGCCCGUGCGAGGACCAGCCGGCGACGCCGCCCGUGGCGUUUCAGGCACCGGUGGCGAUGGCGGACCCUAGGAAGAGGGCGGCGGAGUACCAGCUGACGGAGGGGGAGGAGUCGGGGGCCAAGAGGCAGCGGUCCCCGACGAGAUCCAGGGAGAACAGCGGCGGGAGCAAUGAGGGCGACCACGACAACAUGUCCGAGGUGGCGGCGGCUGUGGGAGGGAGGGGCGGCGGGAGGCGCAUGUGGGUGAAGGAGCGCGACCGGGAGUGGUGGGACCGGAUGAGCAGCCCGUUCUGCCCGGAGGAGGAGUUCCGCCGCGCGUUCCGGAUGUCGCGGGCCACGUUCGAAGCCGUCUGCGAGGAGCUGGGCGCCGCCGUGGCCAAGGAGGACACCAUGCUCCGCGCUGCCAUCCCCGUGCGCCAGCGCGUCGCCGUCUGCAUCUGGCGCCUCGCCACGGGGGAGCCCCUCCGGCUCGUGUCCAAGCGUUUCGGCCUCGGGAUCUCCACCUGCCACAAGCUCGUGCUCGAGGUCUGCACCGCCAUCAAGGCCGUGCUCAUGCAAAAGGCCGUGCAGUGGCCGGAGGCCCCGGACGCCGCGGCGGACGUGGCAGCCAGGUUCAAGGCCGCGUCAGGGAUCCCCAACGUCGUCGGCGCCAUGUACACCACCCACAUCCCCAUCGUCGCGCCCAAGAACAACGUCGCCGCCUACUACAACCGCCGCCACACGGAGCGCAACCAGAAGACGUCCUAUUCCAUCACCAUGCAGGGCGUGGUGGACGCGGCCGGCGCCUUCACCGACGUCUGCAUCGGCUGGUCCGGCUCCAUGUCCGACGCCGACGUGCUCGACAGUUCCGCGCUCUACGCGCUGCGCGGCGCCGCCGGCCUGCUCCAGGGCCAGUGGGUGGUCGGCGGCGCCGGGUACCCGCUAAUGGACUGGCUGCUGGUGCCCUAUACACACCAGAACAUGACGUGGGCGCAGCACGUGUUCAACGAGCGGGUGGACGGCGUGCGCGCCGUGGCGCGGGACGCCUUCCAGCGGCUCAAGGCGCGCUGGGGCUGCCUCCAGAAGCGCACCGAGGUGAAGCUGCAGGAUCUCCCCAUCGUGCUUGGAGCCUGCUGCGUGCUCCACAACAUCUGCGAGCGCGCCGGCGAAGCUGUCGACCCCGAGAUCAGCUUCCAGCUCUUCGACGAUGACAUGGUGGCCGAGAACCCUGUGCGCUCGCAGGCGGCCGCCAGCGCGCGCGACAACAUUGCCCACAACCUCCUCCACAGCGGCGCCGGCGCCGGCUUCUUUUUGAAAUGAAGAAGAAGAAAAGCAGCUUCUUGUCUUGGUCGGAUCAGCAGCGAAAGACGCCGCAAGGCUGAUCAAUCACAGCUUCUUUUCUUGUUAGGAGCUAGUUCCUUUAGUCUGGUUAAUUUGUCGGAUGGAACAGAGGACAAUUUUUUUGGUUUGUAAAAAGGGGGGAAACAGAAACGGAAGAUGGUGUCAUAGGUUCAAAUAUACAGUAGGUGAUUAGUAGGAUUUGCCAAUGAUUUGCUUUGGCAUCAUUCAUCAUCUCUUAAGUUUGGUCAGCCACAUAAUCAAUCUUGUAUAAGACUAUUUUGUCACCAGAUAAUCAUCAAUUCGUUAAACAGAACAGAAGAAGAUUUCAUUUCUCCAA